AUGGAGCACCUGGGUCCGCACCAUCUCCACCCGGGCCACGCGGAGCCCAUCAGCUUUGGCAUCGACCAGAUCCUCAACAGCCCGGACCAGGGCAGCUGCAUGGGGCCCUCCUCUCGCCUCCAGGACGGAGAAUACGGCCUUGGCUGUUUGGUUGGAGGCGCCUACCCUUACGGCGGCGGGGGCCCCGCGGCCGGGGCGGGGGCCGGGGGCGCGGGGGCCUAUGGCGCUGGAGGCCCGAGCGGCCCCGGUGGCCCGGCGGGCGGCGGCGGCGGCGGCGCCUGCAGCAUGGGCCCGCUGGCCGGCUCCUACAACGUGAACAUGGCCUUGGCGGGCGGCCCCGGUCCCGGCGGCGGCGGCGGCGGGGGAGGGGCGCUGAGCGCUGCGGGGGUGAUACGAGUGCCCGCGCACAGGCCGCUAGCUGGAGCGGUGGCCCACCCUCAACCUCUGGCUACUGGUUUGCCCACCGUGCCCUCCGUGCCUGCCGUGCCGGGCGUCAACAACCUCACCGGCCUCACCUUUCCCUGGAUGGAGAGUAACCGCAGAUACACAAAGGACAGGUUCACAGGUCACCCUUAUCAGAAUCGGACGCCCCCCAAGAAGAAGAAGCCGCGCACGUCCUUCACGCGCCUGCAGAUCUGCGAGCUAGAGAAGCGCUUCCACCGCCAGAAGUACCUGGCCUCGGCCGAGCGCGCCGCCCUGGCCAAGGCGCUCAAAAUGACCGACGCGCAAGUCAAAACCUGGUUCCAGAACCGGCGGACAAAGUGGAGGCGCCAGACCGCGGAGGAGCGUGAGGCCGAGAGGCAGCAGGCGAACCGCAUCCUCCUGCAGCUGCAGCAAGAGGCCUUCCAGAAGAGCCUGGCGCAGCCGCUGCCCGCCGACCCGCUCUGCGUGCACAACUCCUCGCUCUUCGCCCUGCAGAACCUGCAGCCGUGGUCUGACGACUCGACCAAGAUCACCAGCGUCACGUCCGUGGCGUCGGCCUGCGAGUGA